UUCAGUCGCUGCAGCCUCCUCUAAAAGUAUAAACCCUAGCACCCAAAUCGGAGGUCGAUCUAGCUCCCAGGCGGCGUCCCUGCCAUGGCCGCCGCCGUCCUCUCCGCGCCGGGGCGCCUCCUCAUGUGCACCGUCACCAGGCCCGCCGGACCCACCGAACUCCCCGUCUCGUUUGACCACCUUCGCAGCCUCGCUCGCGCGGGACGCCUCACCGACAUCGACGCCGUCCUCGCGCCGCACGUGACGUCCCAUUCCGUCGCCGCGAUCUCCACCCUCUCGUGGCUGGGCCUCCCUGACCGCGCCUCCGCGCUCCUCGGCACCCUCCCGUCGCCCACCGCUGCCCACCUCAACGCGCUGCUGGCUCCGCUCCUUCGCCACCGCCACCGCCGUCUCGUCGGGCUGGUGCCGUCCCUCCUCGAGGCGAACCCCUCCGUCCCGCGCGACGCCGCCACGGAAACCAUCCACGCCAAGGCCCUGUGCAUCGCCUCCGGCGCCGAAUCCGCCAUCCACCUCCUCCAGCGAGAGUCCCCGCCGCCAUCCAUCCAGGUCUUCACCAGCAUCAUCAACUCCUACUACAAGCAGCGUCAGCCCCACCGCGCCGAGCAGCUGUGGAGCCAGAUGGUCGACGACCGCGGCAUCAUCCCCGACGUCGUCGCCCACAACAUCAGGAUCACCUACAAGGCCACCAGCGGCACGGUGGAAGAGGUCAAGGAGCUGAUCCGCGCCAUGCGCGAGGAUGCGAGGCUCCGGCCGGACAUCGGCUCCUACAACGGGCUGAUGCGGGCGAUGGCGCGGCACGGGAGGGUGGACGAGAUGCUGGAGGUGUACAGGAGCUUGGAGAAGGGGAGCGCCGCGGCGGCUGGAGCGGACAAGUUGGCGCCGGACUACGCAACGUACACGUGCGUGGUUGCGGCGCUGUGCAAGCCCGGUAGAUGGUCGGAGGCGGUCGACGUGUUGUACGAGGCGAUGAAGCGGAGUCAGGCGGCCGACCUGGGCACGGUGCGCACGCUGGUGCGAGGUCUCAGGGAUGCCGGCAAGCGGCGGGCGGCGAGGCGGGUGGUGGUCGGCCUGCGCAAGAAGUUCCCCGCCCGCUUUGACGGGCCAUGGAAGGAGCUCGAGGAGUUGGCUGGGCUGCCCGGCAAGGAACAGGACAACGAUGUCGAACGGGACGACGACGAGCAGGCGGCGCCGACGACGAUGUCCGAGUGCGAUGAGCUGGUGUACAACAUUCGUUGAAAAAUGGCUUUUUGAGAACAAAGAACAGACAGUUUUGGUUUAUAAGGCUAGUAAAAUAGUAAGGGUUGGCGAUUGAUUAUCUAUCAAAGUGAUGAGUAUUCUCGUUUACAAUGUCAAAUUGUUCUUUUAGAGUAUCAUAUUUUACUUUUCAAAAACUUGUAUUGGGUUUAUCUAAAACAAUAUUGGGCAUAAAAAUUAUACACUGCUCUAACAUAAAUCUAGAAAUGAAUAACUUGUAUUAGAAACACAUAUUUUUGUCCUCAAAUUUAGAAUACAAGUGAGCUAAUUUUAGUCCUGUAAGUAUUAUGAAUGUAUAUGGUAAUCUGUUGGAGAUAUAUUUUCUAGCCUAAUUCCUAAAAUUUAGUUUUAGGGAUUAAAUUUAGACAUCUCUUGGAGAUGCUAUUAGUCGAAGUCAUCUGGGUAAGCUGGCAGCUAACUGUUAAUCCAUUAGUCUUUAUCAUACAUCACAAUGGUUAGAUUCGUAACUGAUUUGGAACUCUAUGUGUAGUGAAUUGAGUUGCAAAAGUUGUAUU